CGCUCUGCGUCAUUCUGUCCGCUGCUGUGUCCAUGGACAACAUCAGAGGACAGGGCUGAAGGCGGGGAGGGGGACGGGAGAGGAGAAGAGAUGGCCUCUUCCAUGGUCAGAGCCACAGUCCGGGCCGUGAGCAAGAGGAAGAUUCAGGCCACCAGAGCGGCUCUUACUCUGACCCCAUCUGCUGUAAAUAAGAUAAAACAGCUGCUUAAAGACAAACCUGACCAUGUCGGGGUUAAAGUUGGUGUCCGAACAAGAGGUUGUAAUGGACUUUCUUACACACUAGAAUAUACAAAAUCAAAAGGAGACUCUGAUGAAGAAGUAGUACAGGAUGGUGUUAGAGUGUUUAUUGAAAAGAAAGCACAGCUCACGCUACUAGGAACUGAAAUGGACUAUAUAGAAGACAAACUGUCCAGCGAAUUUGUCUUUAAUAACCCAAACAUCAAAGGAACGUGUGGUUGUGGAGAAAGCUUUAACAUUUGAAAUCGAAGGACUGUUUCCAUGACUUAGCAUCACAAAACUCUGCUCUCAAGUAAUCACUUUGUGUGUCGUCUUCAGGUCCUUUGGCUUUGUAAAAUAUGGUUGCCUUUCCAGGAAAAUAAAGUUCCUGCAUUUAAAAAAUGAGAUCUGUGUGUUAAAUUCCAGCCCUUGCAUAUUUUCAAAGUUUGAAAGAGUGGAGGGAAUUUGUCUGCAAAACCUAAGAACACUGAGAGGUACAGUAACAAGAUCCUAAUUGCACCUGUGGGAAAUCUUCCUUUUAGUAAUCUCUCUUCUGCAGCAUCCCACAGUUCUUCACAUGGCACACCCCAAAAAACACAGUAAUGUUUCAUUGUUUCAUUUUGGACUAUAAAGAAUUCAGAGUUCUUCAUAUAUUAUAAAUUCUAAAGAUUGCCAAUUAUACUCUAAAACAACAAAAAUGAUUAUGUAUGAGAAAUUCCUCUGAAUAAUUAUUAUGUAUGAGAAAUUCCUCUGGUUACUCUGAACAUAAUUCUGGGGGGGAUGGGGGGGGGAAGCUCACAGGCUGAUGAUGCAUCUUGAGAUGAGUUAACCUACAGUUCAAAUUGCAUAUAUUUGAGAUAUCCUGCCCUCCCCCGCCCCCAAUCUUCAGUGUUCUUGUAAGAAGGGAUAAAUCCUUUGUUGUCACUAGGGAAAUUUCCAGUAUUUUAAAGGACAAUUUAGCAUUCCUGACCACUAUUACUUUCGAAUGUAGGGUCCUUGUUUUGUUUUUUCCUUCACAUCCUUUGUUUCGAUCAGUCAAUAAACAUUUUGUGAAGCUGUUUCUGAAUGCAAAUUCUCUCAACAGUUAAUAAAACUAGAUCUUUUUAGAAUGUUUGGUUAUGUAGCAAAAGAAUCUGAUUUCCUGGGCAACAUAAUCUUGUUACCUGUGGUCUGAAUAAUAUUUUUUCUUCAAGCUUGAACUGAAUAAGAAAAGGAUAACUUGCUUGCAGAGCAACUUGAAUUUUGGUAAUAGCUGUUCCAGGCAGGCAGGAGUCAUAAAAAUAAAUAAAUCUUUACUGUUGUAUUUUUAACAAUACUGUGGUUAAUAUCAUAUAUGAAAGAGUUUUUACAGGCUUGUUUGCAUGAACUUACAACUAAGUUGUACAUUGCACAUUUAAAGGCUAUAGUUGCUCUUCUCGUCUAGUUAAGAUAAAACAGCACCAUUUUCUCACUUGAAAUGUUUUUCUCAAAGUAGCAUAUACUGAUGUUCUUUACUGGUACUGUUAUCUUAUCUAGGCAGACAUGCAUACUAGCCUUAGUAUGAGAGGAAAAUGUAUGACUACAGGGAUAUCAUGUGUUGCAGUACAACUGGUAAUACUAAUCAGUUGCCACAAUUCUGCUCAGUCCAGCCCUUGCAUUUAAGUUAAAACACUGGAAAAAUCACCUGAGAGAACACUCCAGCAGUAGAGCAAACUGCCUAGUUGAGCUACGAAAUCACCUAUUUUGCAGUUCUGUAAGAUGACUUGGGCAGGUGAUAGGCUCAAGUACAAGUAGAAAACAUCCUCCUGGAGAAGAAAAAGUUAAGAGAUGAUUUUGUACAAUUUUACCAUGUUGAGUUUCCAGCUAUCAGAAAAGAUCUGUUGUUUUAUAGUUACGGAGAGUAUGUACAAGACCGUUGUAACAAUUACUAAUUAUGAAAGCGUAAUAUAACUGUGCUUUCAUCCUGCUAAAUGUUGGGCUAAUACAGUCUAAAACUCCAUAUUGAGAACAGCUCUGGUGUUCACUGCUUCUUGGUGGAUGUGAAGAGAACUAUGAAUGUAAUAUACAAGAAUGAUAUUGAUGUACUCAAUCUUUAUUAUUUUCAGAGAUGUACUUGUGUUUUGGCAUACAGGCCUUGUGAAUGCACUUCGAUACUAUGAAAAAAUUCUUAUUUAAAUGACUAACGCACAAUCUGAAGUACAUUUUUGUUAUGUAGGAGUGUAACUACUAUUAAUCAUUUAUAUUGUGUGCAAUACUAUAAUGUAGAUUUAAAUUACAAUAAAUAAGAUUGCCUUUUGGUAAACUUAAAAUACA